AUGGGCGUUCCGAAACUUUGGGAGAUCCUCAGCAAAGCAGGAGAGUCUUGCGCGCUCGCUCAACUCGCCGUCGUCGAAGGGUUCGACAAGAAUGAACACGGCACCCGCUCAUUCCGCCUCGGUAUCGAUGCAGCCAUCUGGCUCCCCCAUGCUAUGACCAGCGGCGGCCGCAAGGACGAGGAUCGUGGCGCCGCUGCAGAGGUCCGCACCCUCUUCUUCCGCCUCUGCCGGCUCUCCAGGUUCCCGUUCUCCAUACUCUUCAUCUUCGAUGGCCGCUGUCGCCCUAAGGAGAAGCGCGGCUCUCGGAUGGGCAAGAGCGGCACCCACUUCCUCUCACUUCCUUUCCAGAAGCUCAUCAACAUGUUCGGGAUGGAUUGGCGCGAGGCCAAAGGGGAGGCAGAGGCCGAGCUCGGACGCCUCAACCACCUCGGGCACAUUGACGCUGUCCUCACGGACGACGCCGACACUUUCCUCUUUGGUGCACGCAUGCUCCUUAGGAACGUCAGCACUAAUCUCUCCGGGAACAUUGCAAACCCUGCCCUCGACCUCAACGGGAACCCAAGCAAAGAGCAUGCGAUGGUGUACACCGCUGAAGUGUUCGCGAACCACCCCGAGAUUCGCCUCACUCGUGGGGGUCUCGUCCUCGUCGCCCUGCUCGCAGGCGGAGAUUACGACUCGGGCGUUUUUGGUGCUGGUGUCGGCGUUGGACGCGCGCUAGGACACAUUGGAUAUGGCGAUCGACUGAUUCAAGCCUAUGACACGCUCAACGAGGAUCAAUUCCGUGCGUGGCUCCCUGGCUGGCGCGCCGAGAUGACGCUCGAGGUGCAGACAAACGCUAGCGGCUUCAUGGCCACCCGUCAUCCGUCCAAAAGCAUCCCCGCGGACUUUCCCAACAUCGAGACGCUCGCGAACUACGUUCGCCCAGCGCUGUUCGCUGAUGGCGGCGGCGCCCCGAAGGACCGUGUCGCGAUCGACGUCCCCGCGCUCGCCGGCUUUUGCGAGCAGAAUUUCACCGAGUGGGGCCAUCGCUCGAAGAUCCUCUACCGCUUCCCGACCCUUGUCUAUCAGGGUGUCGUCUUCACCGUUUUCCGCAAAGCCACACUCAUCGCGGACAAGCGCGAGACGGACAGACGCAUCGCCGCGGGCGUGCUCCCUGGGGACGCCAAAGUACGCGCCGGGUGGCAGCCCACCACGGAAGAGGCCGUAGGCACGCCCGCUGCGCUCGUUAACAUGUGCGCCUCACCCCCAAAGGCGAAGAAGACGCCGCCGAAGGAUGCGCAGACGCGCAGCAUCGCAGGCGCGUUCGCGCGGCGCGGUACCCCCAAGCCCGAGCCGCCCGUGCAGGUCGACGAGGACGAGGCACAGCUGCUGCGGCAUGCGGGCGAGCCCGUGCGCGACGAGCACCCGCUCGUGGUCGCGAUCCACGGCACGCGCCAGCACGUCUCGACAGACAAGCUGCUGGAGUACCGCGUCGAGGUGUGCGUGAAGCAGCUCGCGACCAUCACCGAGCUCGGGAUCAAGGGCAAGCACAAAGAGCCAGCGGCGGGGGCGAGCGGGUCGCGGGGCACGGGCACGGGAAGAGGCAAGAACUGGCGACCGAACAUGAACCCUGGACGUCGCAGCAAGCGGUACGAGGAUACCGAAUCCGAAUCCGAGGAACCACGGCCUCUACCGCCGCCACCGCAAUCGGAUCCGGAGAUCGACGACCCCCCACAAGACGACGAGGCCGCCGCGGCACCGGGCACGACGAAGAAGACGAAGGAUCCGAGCGAGAACAUCCGCAUGUGGAUUCCCGCGUCGAUGGUGCGGCACGUCCACCCCGCGCUUGUCGCCGAGUACAAAGAGAAGCAGGCCGCGAAGCUCGUGAAGAAGGUGCCUAAGAAGCAGGAAACCGGAGCCGUUGGGCAACCUGCCCCUAUAGCGGUGCCCCCUGCGGUUCCCGCUCUCGCUGCGGUCGGUCAAGACGCAGAACACCAACCGCCCCUCGCGCGCGCCCGGCCUACGAGGGGUAAAGGCAAGGCACCCGCGCGCCCCACCGCUCUCGAGAAAGAGAUUCUCUGCGCGAAUCUGCAUGCGAGUUUCAUGCCCCCUGCUGAGCCCGUCGACGUUUUUGCCCCGUCUUCACUGCCCUUCCGCAACUGUGGCUUCGUCUUCAACUGGCCAGAGACGGACGACCCGGACAAGCUCAUCGUUGACACGAACGCACGUCACGACCUGCCGACGCAGGUGGACUACGCCGCCGUCGAGCGCGCGGGCGGUGGUGCGUACAGCGAGUACGAUGAAAUCUUGGCGUCCGCCGCGAAGCUGCGCGCUCGACGUGCACCUGCUGCCGCUUCUUCUUCUGUGGUCUACGUCGCCCCUGCUGCAGCUGUGGGGGUCUCUGCUGUUAGUGGACUUUCUUCCGCCCCCAGACUCUCCGCCACCGCCGGUACGGCUUCCUUGGCCCCCAGGGAGAGAUUGCAAGGGAUGCCAAUGCAAACCGAACCUCUAGUGAACACUAGCACCCGCAAAGGGAAGGAACGCGCCGCGCCCAAACCCUUGAACAUACCGCGGGCUGUCAUUUCAGCCAGUGCCGGGCCCUCGCGUGGUGGGGGACUUCUCGCUCAGCUAGACGACUGGAGCAUGUUCGGCGAUUACCAGGCCGCGACCGGCGGCACGAAACGGAAGGCGCGCGCAUCCGUCUCCAGCAGCCCUGCGAAGCGCAGCAAGAUCGACGUCGACAAGGCACUGUACGCCACGCGCGACUCCUCUGAGGAGCACGGCCUGCCGUGGCAAAGCAGCGCUCCCUCCGCGCGAUCCUCUUCCCCCGUAUACGACCCGCGCUCGUCGACUGUGCCCCGCUCACAACCGUCCUCGUUUCCUGCGCCGACCCGGCCCCCUUCGCACUCGAUCUCUGCGGCCCCACGCCGGAAGGUCACGCUCGAUGCGGAUGUUAUCAGCAUCUCCAGCGACUCCGAUGGUGAAGCCAGUGACGAUGACCUGGUGCACGAGUGGUGA